AACUUUUGUUGUUGCAUCUCUCUCUCUCUCUCUGAGAAACGAGAAAGUUUACCUACCAACCACAGCAGAGUAGUAAUAUCUGUUUUCACACAAUUCAUCACUACCCUUUUGUUUACGGUUCAUAAAAACUUCAACUUUCUUCAUCAAAACUUGGUGGGUUAUUAAUCUUCUUAGCCUUACUUCUUCAUUACAUGAAGAUUCUCAACUUGGUUUUUCAAUUUUCAAAAUGCUUGUGAAUGAGGACAAAUUUCAUGCCAUUGUGGACAUAGAUAACGGCUGUCACCGGAGAACGGAACAAUGUUCCGUCUCCGGUGACCGGUCAGAUGAAGAUCAAAGGUCUGAGAUUGUAGGAGUGUCUGAAAAACAAAGAGAGUCAUCUGAUUCCUCUGCUUCAGAUUCAGAGUGUUCUGUUGAGUUGGAUCUGGAUGGUGUAGUUUCUGAUGUUAAGGUGCAUUUGGAUAAUAAAGUUGAGAGGGAUUGUAGGAUUUGUCAUCUUAGUAUGGAUUUGACAAAUCAUGAUGAAUCUGGUAUUCCUAUUGAGCUUGGAUGUUCUUGUAAAGAUGAUUUGGCUGCUGCUCAUAAACAUUGUGCUGAGGCUUGGUUUAAGAUUAAGGGUAACAAAUUGGAGGUGUAUGUGAUGUCCGAUAGGUGUCAGCGACACAACAUUGAUAUAACUUGUGAAAUUUGUGGAUCAAUUGCACACAAUGUAGCUGGUGCUAUUGAAGUUCAAAUGACAGAACAAUGGAAUGAAUCAAGUGAUCCCUCUAUGGUACCGCCAACUGGACCUUCAUCGCCGGCCGAAACUCGAAGUUUUUGGCAGGGACACCGAUUUUUGAAUUUCCUUCUAGCAUGUAUGGUAUUUGCAUUUAUCAUAUCAUGGCUUUUUCACUUUAAUGUUCCCUCUUGAAUUCUUUUGUAACUUGAGGAUGAAGCAAGUAACAUGACAGAGGGUUAUUAGACCUUAACAUAUGGCCAUUAACACAGGUAUUAAACUCAAUACCUUGUGUCUCUCUGUAGUUUGAUUUGGAGCUAUGUUUUUUUUUUACAUACAUGAACAUCAUGUAUGUAUUUUUGUUGUAUUGUUGUUUAUCUUAUUUUAUUUCCUUAUUAAUAAUUUGUAUAUCAUUGUAGUCUUCUCUCUUCAUCAUGUAGAAAUUGUAUUUUUUGAAAUUGAUACACAUAAUGGUCAUGUGGAUGAAAAGGCACUUUUGUUUGAUAUUGUGUGUAGUGUAUAUAUAAUAAUGAAAAUAUUAAUAUUGAGGAGUGAAGGUAAAA